CUCGCUACCUGUAUCAUGUGAACAUUAAUUUUUACUGUGGCAAUAGUUUUCAUUUAAAAAAUAAAAGCAUCGCAUCUUUUUUGGUUUUUAAGCUAUUAUUGUGGGAAUAUUUUGUUUUUAUUGCAAGGCGCAGGUGCUAAUCCACCAACAUGUCGCUACCAGCUCACGAAGAACGGGAGGAAAACGAUGAAGAAAUCCGCCGUAAAAUUAUGGCCGGUGAAUUCUGGGCGCCACCCUUUGAUCCGCGAUUUCCCAACCAGAAUCAGGCCAAGCGCUGCUGGGUGAACUACCUAGACUACCAGCGCUGCAAGAAGCUGAAGGGCGAGGACUACGAGCCGUGCUACUACUUCAAGAAGGUGUUUCGUACUAUCUGCCCUCAUGCGUGGGUGGCCAAAUGGAACGAACAGCUGGAGGCCGGAACACUACCAUUUGAUUUUGAACAGGAUUUGCGGGAACAUAGUGGAGAAGCCACCAAGGAUCAUGGCAAGAAACAUCAUUGAAACUUAAACGAAAGAGCAAAUUCGGUGCUUGUGGUGUGUUUCUGUUAGCUGUCUGGUGUGAUUGAUUCGCUGUACAGGGAUUCGGAUGUCAAACGCCGUUAUCGUUGGAUUAAACAUGGUCCCACACUGUCGAUGGUAUGCUUUGCUGCUUUAUUAUCGCAGUAUACAUUUGUCGCUCAUUCAUUUAUGAGAGAUCACUUUUGAGUAAUAAAAGUUGAUUGUAAUCUUUUAAACUAAA